AUUGAAAAUUAAUAGCGCAUUAUAGAAUUAUUGCGUUACUUUAGGCUUUUUUUCCGUUCACUGAGUAUGUAAGUACUGCUUUUCGCUCUUAAAACUAAAAUAGACGGUAGCGCGAGUUUUAAAGAUUAAGUUGGUGAAGACUCAAUUUUUAGGACUUGUUGCUCUGAUCGAGUGGUUAUACUGUUUUUAUCGGCUAAAUGGUAUUCCAAAUUAUUUGUUCGCAUCUAAAGAAGACCACAUCUGGUGCUAGCUUCAACCAUGUUGUUGAAUGUCGACUAACAAAAUUAAUGCAACUGGAAAUAUAACAUUGCAUCCGCACUAUUGAAUACGGAAUUGUAGUUUCGCUCUUGGGUGUUAACUGUUGUUUGCUUCACUCGUUACUAUGUAUAAAAUAGUUCGGUAAAAUCACCAAGUUAUCUGUUUGUAUUCUUGUUGUUUUUCUACUUAGAUUCUCGCGUUGAGUGAUUGUCGGUAACGACGGUCACCAUCAAGCGUUCGUGGGCUUUUGUUCAUUUUCUUAACGAUAGCAGAUCUAUUAACCAAAGACUAAACGUCACAUGUCUAGCAGAGUGUCUUUAAAACAAAAACUGAUAGGUCAGUUAGAAGAUGCUGACUCAAUUUUAAGGUAUGCUAUACAUAACAUAUCUCAAGUUUCUUUUGUUCUAUUAGGGACAUACUUUCUGCAGCCUCCAAAAAGAAAUCCUCUGUUACACUGCUUCCUCUCAUAGAAUUAUUGUUGGAAAAAGAUCAACAGCUUAAGGAAACUUAUAAAGAAAGUAUAUCAUUAAAUUUUGCAGCAUGCGGUACUAAUUCCAUCGUUUAGUCGAAGUUUACAACGAAAUACAGAAAAAGAUCGAUCUCCUUAAGGCGGAUUGUUCGAAAUCCGACAAACAGAUCCAGUCAUGUCAGCUUCAUUUAAAAAAGACUGAAGUUAUUUUGAGCACUGCUUUAUACUAUUCCAGACAGAAGUUGGACUCAAUGACUACUGCUGUUAAAAAUCCGAUUGAUAUGGAAGAGCUCGUUAGAUUUUCCCACAGGAUUAGCGCUACUCAUGGCGUAAUAGCCCCAGACAACUGGACUCAAGGAGACCCUAGAAGACCAUACCCAAAUAAAGAAGAGAUUCGGCGUGGAUACUUGGGUCAUAUUGAUGAUGCUGGAAAUUUUCGGCAGUCACUUUGGGAUGCUUUGUUGGAUACUGCUGCUGCCGCAGCCUCAAUAGUUAGUUCGUCUACCCCAUCAGUCUCCAGUAGUUCUGGUCCAAAUAGUUUGGGCAACGCGAAUAUAGUGGCGUCUCAGACUCCUGUAUAUCACAGUAACCAAACGCAACCCACAAGUUUAUCGCUAGUCACUUGCUCUCCGAAUAUGAUUCUACCAGGGGUUAACAUGGUUUCCUCACCAAUGUCCUUUUCACAGUCUGGUGGCUCGUCUACAUGGACUGGACCAAAUAUGAACCUCGUCACAGGAAAUCCUACCAGUUCGGAAUUAGCUGGUCCUCAAAUACCAGCUUCUCGACCGCCUUCGACUUCACUAGCCGCUAUGCUUACUGGUACAAAUAUAAUGGAUCAACAUUCUCGUAACACCACAUUGCCUCCACCUCCUCUUAAGCCAGGAAGUGGACAAAUGCAAGCAAGUCAGGCCACGUCUUUCCGGCCAAGUGGUGUCCUACCUCGACCAUCUAACUCUGGAAAUCGACAAGCAUUUCCUUCAUCUCCGAAUUCCUCUGGAUCGCAACAUAUACAGUAUCCACAUAGUGAUACAUAUCCCGGUUUUAUGCCGAACAGUAAAACAUCUCGACCACAUUCCAAACGUGCACAUCGGAAAAACACAGACACAGAGUGUACGGAAAUGUCAUCUAAUUCCUCUAGUGAUUCAUCCAGUGGUGAGGAAUGACUGUACUUUUGUUACCUUUUCAAUAAAAUUC